ACUUUGCGCAUGCGCGUUACAGGUCCGGGGCUCUAGUCGGAGCCAGAGGGUCGGAGCUUGCUAGCUUAGCACUCAAAAUGGACGUCUUUCUAAUGAUCCGGCGUCAGAAGACUACCAUCUUCACGGACGCCAAGGAGUCGACCACCGUGUACGAGUUGAAACGUAUCGUGGAGGGCAUUCUGAAGAGGGCCCCAGAGGACCAGCGCCUCUACAAAGACGAGCAGCUGUUAGAGGACAGCAAGUCUCUGGGAGACUGUGGCUUCACCAGUCAGACGGCCCGACCCCAAGCCCCCGGUACCGUUGGCCUGGCCUUCCGCAUCACCGACGAGAUGUUCGAGGCGCUCCAGAUGGAGAGCUUCUCCAGCCCUCCAGAGCUACCCGAUGUCAUGAAGCCACAGGACUCCAGCAGCACGGCCAGCGAGCAGACCGUCCAGUGAGGGCUGGA